CCCCAAAUCUGCAUUGCCUCGGGAGCGCGCCUGGGAACGGGAGCGCGCAGCAGUCAGCAGAAGGAAUCACAGAGCAAAGAUGGACUCCCAGCAGCUGCAGAGAGGGAUCAAGCCAUCCAAACCUCUGCCGUGCAGUUAAUGCUGACUGUCUCUCUCCUUACAAAUGGCAGGGGAUUUUGGCUUCAUCUCCCACUCCUUCCCUUGGUAUUCCUUUGUCUCCUAGACGUAUGCUGCUUGCAGGGACCCUGCUCUUGCACAUUAGCUGCCUCUUCAAAAGGAAUCCCCCUGUCUCCUUCUGCGUCCUGGGCUCUUAACUACUAUUGGCAUCCAAAAAAAAAAAAAGCAUCUGGCCUGGCCCCCAUCACCACAUGAACUGAAUGCCAAGGGGUAAUCAGCUUGGGUGGGCGCACACUCUCAAGGGGUGAUUUAUUGAGUCCAGAGGAGAAGCUGAUCGUCUCCAGCCAAGAUGUUGCCUUCACAAGAAGCGUCCAAGCUCUACCAUGACAAUUAUAUGAGGAACUCCAGAGCCAUAGGGGUCCUUUGGGCUAUAUUCACCAUCUGCUUUGCCAUCAUCAAUGUGGUGGUCUUCAUUCAACCCUACUGGAUAGGGGACAGUGUCAACACACCUAAGCCAGGCUACUUUGGCUUGUUCCAUUAUUGCGUGGGAAACGGUGUGGCCAACAGAGAGUUAACCUGCCGGGGAUCCUUCACCGAUUUCAGCACCAUCCCUUCUGGAGCCUUCAAGGCAGCCUCAUUCUUUGUGCUGCUGUCCAUGGUGCUGAUCCUGGGCUGCAUUACCUGUUUCGCCCUCUUCUUCUUCUGCAACACAGCCACUGUCUAUAAGAUUUGUGCUUGGAUGCAGCUCUUUGCAGCUGUCUGCUUGGUGCUGGCCUGCAUGAUAUUCCCAGACGGGUGGGACUCAGAGACCAUCAGAGAUAUGUGCGGAGACAAGACAGGGAAAUACUCCCUUGGCGACUGUUCAGUGCGCUGGGCUUACAUCCUGGCAAUUAUUGGGAUCCUCAAUGCCCUCAUCCUUUCCUUCUUGGCCUUUGUCCUGGGGAACAGACAGAAUGACCUUCUACACGAGGAGCUAAAGGCAGACAACAAAGAUUUUGUUGGAACUGCGCCGUCCCUCCAGAGCAACCCUGUAGAAACCAGGGCAAACCUGGAGGGCUGGCAGCCAAAGUGUAUCCCUCCUUCCUUCGGGCCUGGACUGCCAAAUAACAGCUACUUAGCCAGAGGAUAUAAACUUGAUGAAAACCAAUUGAGGCACUAACACCCUUUUCAGCGCAGAACAAACCCCUCCUGGCUCCCCCUUAUUUCAUGAGUAUUUUAAAGCCCGCGCCCUGUCUUGCUCUGCUGUGCCACACUGCCUUGGGCCCCUCUAGUAAAUUCUGGCACCGCAUCUCCGCCUUGAAGAGACGUCUCCCUUAUCCAACAUGGUGCCUGCGCUUCAAUCAGACUCAAAUCCCUUUGCUUUGGAAAAACCAACAAUGCUGCCCCACUCCACCCCUUUCCCCCAAUUAUAACCAUGGAUGUACAUAGGAAUCAGAGGGAACCAGACUUCCAAUCAAAAAUGUUUACCCACAAUCCUCUGCUUUUUUGCCCCUUUUAUGGCGACUUUAUCACGCCACUUACUUUGCAGUUUUGUAAAGCAAUUUAAGCUGGGGGAAAAAGAAAUAAACCAUUUAUACCUCUUAGCACCAACAGAACUUGAAUCUUCACCCCUUCCCAAUAAGGAUGUUUUAUUUAGUGGCGGAAAUUUUAAAAAAUAAUAAUAAUAAUGAAACUUUCCUCCAUCUUUGUACAUAUGGAACCAGAGGACAGGCUGAUCUUUGGCUCAAAGGAAUCGACCGGCCAGAAAUCAGCAACUGCCUUUUGUACAGAGCAGAGUGUCCAUCGACUGACCGUCAGAACUGUUUGUUAUUUUUAUUGUAAUUUGCUCUUUAUCUUCUCAUAACAGGGUAAAAACAAGAAAAAAAAAAGGCAUUCUAGAUACGUUACAUUAGCACUAGUGAGUCAGAACUGAUCUUCGAUGUGUCUUUUUAACCAUUUUUUGGAGGUGAAAGAGGUGCCGCCGGCGAGGCAGACGCUCUGCAACUCUAGAGAAACAAAUCAAAUAUCCUCAGGUGGUUAAAAAAAAAUUUACCCUCGAAACCAAAUUUAUAGUAGAAAAGUACGUUUAUUACAUAAAAAAAAAAUCAAAAGUAUGCUUUUUCCAUAUGGUGAAGAUAUACUUUAAAUUAUGGAUACAUUUUAUUAAUAGAGAGACAAUGUAUUAUUGCUGAAAAGAGUAUCUGAGGAAAUGAGUAUUAUUAUUAUUAUGGGAUUCCGGUAAGGGUGAAGUUCCUUGUACUGCCAGAAGGGAGAACAGAUGGGCCAGAGGGAAAGGAAAAUAUAAUGGAUUAUAAUACUUUAGUCUUCAUUUAUUUUCACUUAUAUAGACAGUAAGCAUGAAGGCAUAGCUUAUUGUGUGCUCAGGAAAUUGAUAUAUAUAUAUAUAUUGUGAGAUUCCCUAUUGCUUGCCGCUCUACAUUCUCUCGAAGUUGCUGGUGCAACAGGACCCUCUACUGAUCAUAAACAAAUGUGUCAUUUUCUUGCAAUUGUAUGGGGAAUGGCCACUGCUAUUCAUAAAGGCAAUAAUGCAGAAAAGGAAUGUUUAGUGCACACAGAAAGCCAUGCACCCAUAUAUUACUGUACAUUAAAGUUAAAAUAAAUGAAAAGCUAAGGUUUACUUAUAAAUGGGUUGUGUUUCCCCUUGGAAGGGAAAAUGUUACCAAAAAUGAUUAAUUUCAUGAGAGAGUCUCUAAUGGACAGUUGUUUUACUCAACAGCAUUACAAGUGCCAAUGUUUUGUUUUGGAAAUUAUGUUUGGGGGGAGGGUGUGUUAUAUAUAGUAGACUUGGUACAGUCUAGGAGAGUGGGUGGGAGAGUGGACAGUACAAUAAUAUGAUGAAAAAAACUGUGUCAAGCUUAAAAUGUGGUGAGGCUUAAGCUCCUCUCUCCAACAACAUCAGUGGGAAUUGCAAAGUAAGAGCAGAAGGAUGGAGUGACAGGGGCAGGAUGGGAAGGGAUGAGUGCGGGUAGGAGAGGAAGAAAGGGGAAGGAAGUAGAACAAGGGAGCAGCAGAAGACAGGAGAGGAAAGGGGAACUAGAAAGUCAGCCAGAUGGUGGGAGAGAAAGAGAGCAGAAGUAGAGAGAAUAUAAGUAGAGGAAAAGAGGACUGCAGGCUGGAGACAGAAGGAUGAGCAGAAAGAAAAUGUGAAAGGACAGGAGGCAGCACUGCAGGCAGAAGAGAAAAAGAAGGGCUAAAGUUGAAAAAGAGGAAAGAAGUGGAGAAGGCAGAGCUGCAUUACAGGAAGGAAGGAAUACAGGCAGGAAAGGAAGGGGUGAAGGAAGGAAGUCAAGAUUGCGGAAGAGAAAAUGGGCUGAGAAGGUGGAGCUGCUGGCAAGAAGGAAUGAUUUUAGGCAGGAGAGGAAAGAAGAGCAGAAAGGAAAGACUGAAGGACAGGAAGGCAAGUUUUCAAAAGACGAAAUGAGCAGAAGGCAGGCAGGCAAGGGAACAAUGAGCAGAGAAGGAAGGGCUCUGGGCAGGAGAGGAAAGAAGAAGAAGAAGAAGAAAGAGAAGAAUGGAAGUGCUGAAGGACAGGAAGGAAUUCAGGUCAGAGCGGAAAGGAAGGGCUGAAGGAAGGAAGCCAAUAUUGCUGAAGAGGAAAUGAGCAGAGAAGGAUUUGCUGCGGGACAGGAAGGCAGAACUCUAGGCAGGAGAGGAAAGGAAGGGUUACAGGCACCAGAGGAAGGACACAGCAGGAUCAAGCCAGUCUGUCUUUGUAACCAAGUAGGAUAUCAGUAUUUUCUUACAAGGGAAUCAGAAUUCCAAAUUAAAUUGUUGUUUCCAUCCCACAUGACAACAAAGCUUUUAAAUAGCUUUGGGUCUUGUCUAUAAAUUGUGUUGUUGGAGGCUCAUUCACACUGAUGAUCUCGUGUGUUGGGAUUUGUUGGGCGGCCAUUUCUCUGUGUGAAGAUGCUGAGAGGAAGGAAGGCAACACAAAACAUCACACUCUGUUGGUUGCACAGGAAACAGAAUGGGAAACAGAAUCAGUGAUGUAACGAGCAAUUAACCAAAUUUAUUACUAGAAUAGAAUCUCAAGCAAAAUGCCAGUCAGUCUCCAGUGCUUCUAGUUUCACCAUCACAAAAUCAGCUACAAGGGGGCAUUUACCUAAAAGUUCAUCUUGAAGUUUGUUGUGGGCAAAAGUAACCUUGAUAUUGAUUUUUUUUUAUUAUUUACAUUUCUUCAAUUUACAUUCUACCACUCUCCAGCCUGAGAUUUCAACUGCUUUACGGUUGCUGGGUGUCAGACAUUAGCAACCAGAAAUAGGUCAGAAAGUCAGGUUGGUUUUCAAACUGUGUGUUUGUUGUGUUUAAUAAAACACUUCUCUUCCUAA